UCGGCAGUCAGUCGGCCAAUGAGCUCCGGCGAACACAGAUCGAUCUUCAGCGAUUUUUCCGAGUUUUGCCCAAACACAGGAUGAGAUUGUAUAGCCUUCUGCCGCUCCUGGCGCUCCUUGUCGUCCAGGCUGCCGGACAAAGUCAAGUAACCUCUGAUGAUCCUGCAACGGAUGCUGGAUCAACGACCAACUCCACCGCGGACACCAAACCAAGGGUUCCAAGUCAGGAUGAGAUACUUGGCCAGAUGCCGCCCAUUAACCCCAUCCGCACUGGCAAUCCCCAGAUGGACGCAUUUUACAUGAUGUUCCCGGCGUUGGGCAGCCUGCUACGCUGGGGUAGCCUUUUCCCGGCCUACUCGAUCCUGGGCGCUAUUCCCGACAAUCUACAGCCUACAGCGGCAGCCUCGAAGGUGGUCCUCGUCCUGGCCGAUGAUGCGACGGCCAAGACCCGAGUUGCCCGUCAGAAUCCGCCACCAAAUCCACUUGGUCAGCUAAUGAAUUGGCCCGCUCUGCCGCAGGACUUCCAACUGCCUUCCAUGGAUCUGGGACCGCAAGUGGGCUCGUUUUUGACCCAGCUGCCUGCUAUGCCUUCCAUGCCUGGUCUUCUGGGUGCCGCUGCUCCAGUUCCCGCUCCAGCUCCUGCUCCUGCUGCUGCUCCUCCGGCGCCAGCUCCAGCUGUGGAUCCUCCGGCAGCACCAGCUCCAGAUGCAGCCCAACCAGCCAUACUGGGACAAGCCGCUCUGCAGAACGCUUUCACAUUCCUCAACCCGUCUAAUUUCGAUGCCUCCAGUCUUCUGGGCCAGAGUGUACCCACAUUUGCUCCUCCCAAUCUUGAUUUCGUUGCCCAAAUGCAAAGGCAAUUCUUCCCGGGAAUGACACCGGCACAACCUGCUCCCGCUGGCACGGAUGCCCAGGCCUCCGACAUUUCCGAGGUGAGGGUACGUCCUGAGGACCCGUAUUCGCAAGAGGCCCAGAUGAAGAUCAAAUCAGCACUUCAAAUGGAGCAGGAGAGGCAACAACAGGUUCAGGUCAAGGAUCAGGAGCAAGUGCCUCUCCUCUGGUUCCGGAUGCCCACUACUCAGAAUCUGGAUACGACUGAAGAAAAGACUCUGGAGGAUCUGCGGGUGGAGGCCAAAUUGAGGGCCUUCGAGCGCCAGGUGAUAGCCGAAUUGAAAAUGCUGCAGAAGAUCGAACUUAUGGCUAAGCAGAUGAGGUCCAGCGCCGCCGCGCAAAACGGAGAUACACCCUACAGAAUUAGUUAUCCACUGAGUCGGACACCCAUUCACAAGAUCACCCGUGCUGAUAUUGAGCAAGCCCUUCGAGAUGAUUAUGUCCGCCGAUUGGUCAACAAGGAGGCGCAACGAAAGGCCAGAAAUUCUGGCAAUAACACCCAGAAGGCAAAUGCUUUGAAGCGACAGGCCAAAUCCCAGGAUCAGACUCUGUCCAAGGAGGAUAUCGUCCAGAUUAUGGCGUAUGCCUAUCGCAUGGCCAACGAACAAAUGGAGAGUGAGAAGGGCAAGCAGGACAAGGUUUACGCCGCCUACAGGUCUGAACAGAAUCCAAUGAUGAUGGAGCAAAGACAAUGGUCGGAGGAGCAGGCCAAGAUUCAACAGAAUCAACAGCAGAUCCAGCAAAAUCCAAUGAUGAUGCAGCAAAGACAAUGGUCGGAGGAGCAGGCCAAGAUCCAACAGAAUCCACAGCAGAUCCAGCAAAAUCCAAUGAUGAUGCAGCAAAGGCAAUGGACAGAGGAUCAGGCCAAGAUCCAGCAAAAUCAGCAGCAGAUCCAGCAAAACCCAAUGAUGAUGCAGCAAAGGCAAUGGGCGGAAGAUCAGGCCAAGGUUCAGCAUGAUCAACAGAUGGCACAACAGAUGGCACAACAAGGUCUCAUGAUGACGGAGCAGAGGCAAAGGCAGUGGUCAGAAGACCAAGCCAAAAUUCAGCAGGCUCAACAGAUGGCCCAACAGACACCCAUGAUGAUGCCACAGAUGCAACAAAGGCAGUGGACAGAGGAUCCCCAAAUGGUUCAGCAGAUGCAACAGAGACAGUGGGCAGAAGAUCAGGCCAGGAUGCAAAUGGCCCAACAGAAUCCAAUGAUGCAACAGCAACGACAGAUGGCAGAGAAUCCGCAAAUGAUGCAGCAAAGGCAAUGGUCCGAGGAGCAGACCAAAAUCGAACAGGCUCAGCAGAUGGCACAACAGAAUCAAAUGAUGAUGCAGCAGAUGCAGCAUAGACAAUGGACCGAGGAUCAGGCCCAGAUUCAACAGCAGCAGAGACAGAUGAUGCAGCAGACCCCCAUGAUGAUGAAGGAGCGCCAGUGGGCCCAGGAGAACCCCCAGUCUGUCCAGCAGCAAGGGCCCAUGAUGAUGCAGCAGCAGACUCCAUCGGUGAUGCAGCGUGAAGUAGAGGACCAAGAUAAUGAGGCUGAGGAUAUCCUAGUUGGCGAGGCGGGCCCCCAAAUGCCGGAGAACGAAGGCACCGCCAGGCACAAAGUUGAUACCCUGGGACUUGGCGGCAACAAGCGCAAGAAGUCCAAGUCGGCGCCGCCAGCGGUGAUUAACUAUUACUAUGCGGCACCCCAGCGUCCGGUGGUUCAGAGUUACGGAACAAGCUACGGCGGAGGUGGCUACGGAUCGAAUGCCUAUGGUGUUCCUCGUCCAGUCAAUUCCUAUCAAAGUCAAGGCUACAGGGCUGCCGUGGGUAACGAUGAGGUAGAUGAUAUGCUGCGCCAGCACCAGACAAUGGCCAGGACAAUAAACCCGAUGCAACCAGGCGAAGUCGGUGGAUCGGAGAGCCAGAAGAACAGCUCUAAUCCUCCAACGACGUUGACACCAGAUCCACAAGAGCAACCGCAAGAACAUCGAGUCCACAAAAGUCCAUCAUCAGCACCAUCCGAAACCGAAAUCGAAAACGCACCAUCAUCUGACCCCCAAGUGGGUUCCAUUUUCACCUUCGACGAGGGAUUGCUGCAUCCGUUCAUGGGUCUGCUGCCGGUGGAGAGGCCCGAUGAUCCCUGGAACCAGAAGCCAUACGAUCCUCACCAUCCUCUCUACACGGGCGGUGGGAGCUACGAUGCCUAUCUGAGGGACGGUCGCUAUCGAAGGGACACGCACAUCAUGGGUCAAGGUUCUCAGCAUGGCAUCCUGACACCCGGUAUGUUGGAGAGACUUCUUCGGAUCAAGAUGGAUUUCCAGCGUAGAUUUCCCCAUUUGUACAAGGGUAUGCUGAAUCACCAUACGAAUCUUACCCGUGUGGAGGUACAGCCUCCGGUUCUGGGCAAGAUUUCUAGGCCGAAAACUAAGACCAAGCCCCAGGAUGAGGAUGAACCCGUCUACGAAUUGGGAGCCGCAGAGCGCAGCCUGUUCGAGGACGAGUCCAACGAUUCUCUAGAGAAAGAUCCCGAACCAGAACCGGAUGAGGAGGAUGACCGGGAUGUGGAGGAGCCAAGCGAGAGCAGUGAACCUAGGGGAUUCAGCAGCAGAAAAAUGAGCAGUCGGGAUGAGAACGACAUCGAUUACUUCAAUUUCGAUGACGAUGAUGUUGAUGAUUGACUUUUAAUAUAAUUGCGAAUAAAAAUUAAUAUUAUAAA